AGAAGAGGAUUAAUGUUAAUCGGACGACAUCCAAACACCUAUCUCCGCCGCAAUGGAGCGCGAGGGGUCUCCAACCCCGCCGCCGCCGGCGAAGCGCCCAAGGGAUUCAAGCCCCACCACCAUCCACUCCCUCACGGACGACCUCCUGCUCCGGAUCUUCCUCUGCCUCCCCUCCCUCGCGACGCUCGUCCGCGCCGCGCUCGCCUGCCGGGCGUGGCGCCGCGCGGUGGUCUCCUCCCCGGACUUCCGCCGCCGCUUCCGGGAGCUCCACCCGGCGCCCCUCCUCGGCCUCUUCUUCGAGGCGCCCAGCCCCGUCCAUGACCCGGCCCUCCCGGCCUUCCCCUCCUUCGUCCCAGCCAGGCGCCGCGAAAGGGACCUGUCCGUGGCCCUCCGCGGCGGCGACUUCUUCCUGACAUGCCUUCAGCAGCACCCCUCCAUGGCCCACUCCUGGGAGAUCCUCGACUGCCGCGGCGGUUACGUCCUCCUCUGUAAUGUUGACCAGACAAGUGCGCAAGCAAUGGCGGUGGUGAAUCCCCUGGCGCGACAGUGCCGGUUAUUCGACUAUGGCCAUGUGGACACCUUUGAAGGUUGCCGUGGCACACCCAUUGGGCGCAACGCCUGCUUGCUCUGCUCCGAGGAGGAGCCCGCAUCGUUCCGGGUGGUGCUUCUUGUCCACGACGAGUCCAGGGUGCGGGCUACUGUCUUCUCCUCGGAGACUUGUGAGUGGAAAAUUCACCCCUGGGUUGAUGUCCCAGAGCGACCACGGCGAUCAAAAUCAUGGCUUCUGAACAGCAACAUGCAAUCAAAUGGGUUCUUCUACUGGGUUUACAAGAAUUACAAGUAUAUGGUCACGCUGAACAUGGCGACAAUGGAGUUCUCUGCCGAGGAGCUCCCUCAGUUCCUGAAGAAUCGGUGCUGCAGCUUCAGCGUCGGGGAAACAAACAACGGUGUGCGCUGUAUUGCCUAUGCUACUGACUUCACUGUUGGUGUGAUGCUGCGUAGAACAGAUGGCGAUGGCACUGAGAAGUGGAUGCUGGACAGGGCGACCCCAUUAGAUGCACAGCUUGAUGGGGUUCUCAGGAAGCAGAAGCGCAACUAUGAUGAGCUCCUGGUGUUGGCUGUCAGGGACGGCUUUGUGUACUUGGCAACUUCAACCAAGAUCAGUGAUUCUGCGAACCCAAGUUGGUUCUUGUCGCUCUGCCUGGAAACGAUGAAACUGGAGAAUUUGUUUCAGAGGACAUAUGACGGUCCUGCACGACCCUAUGUUAUGGCAUGGCCUCGUUGUUUAGUUACUAACAAUGGGUGUUCUCCACUUGAUGCUAGUAUGAAGUGUAUUAAGUGCCUUCAAAGGAGGAAGGAGAGGAUAUAAAUCAGCAUGCCCAGGUGGCCAGGGGCCAUGGAACCUUGUUCUUUGAAGCUACAUCAUGCUGAAGGAUCCAAUCAAGUUCUAGUCUCCAGUCUAUCCUGUAACUCUGUCGUUUAACCUGGUCGUUUAUUAUUUAUUUAUAUCCAGUUACCACCUUUCAAUAUUGGUGUAAAAACUUCUGAACUUGAUUCUAUUUCUUAUGUUCACUGCUGAGUCGUCUUCAGUUGUUCUGUUAUUGUGACUCUUUUUUGUGGGCUCCCUGUAAUAUCUUUUCUCCCAAGAGAACGGGAUUAGUUUCCUUCUGCUCAAAAAUAAAUUACUGUACAAACCAA